AUGGCUGAUAAGAAGCUACCAGAGGUCGACCUGGUGACCCGCAUGCAGGUCGACGACUCCGUCGUCGGAAACACCGAGAUCGAUGAGUCGCUCUACAGUCGCCAGCUCUAUGUGCUUGGCCACGAGGCCAUGAAGCGCAUGGGCGCUUCCAACGUCCUCAUUGUCGGUCUCAAGGGCCUGGGUGUCGAGAUCGCCAAGAACAUUGCCCUUGCCGGCGUCAAGAGCCUGACACUCUACGACCCCGGUCAGGUCGCCCUCGCCGACCUGUCCUCACAGUUCUUCUUGCACCCCGAAGACGUGGGCAAGCCGAGAGAUGAGGUCACCGCCCCGAGAGUCGCCGAGUUGAACGCAUACACCCCCGUCAAGGUCCAUCAGUCGUCAAGAGACAGCCUGGGCGAGAACCUCUCCCAGUUUGACAAGUACCAGGUCGUCGUCCUGACCAGCCUGCCGCUGAAGCUGCAGGCGCUGAUUGGCGAUUACUGCCACUCCAAGGGCAUCUACGUCGUGGCCGCCGAUACCUUUGGUCUUUUCGGUUCGAUUUUCUGCGAUUUCGGCGCCGACUUCACCGUCAUCGACCCGACCGGCGAGGCCCCCCUGACCGGCAUCAUUGCGGGCAUCGACGAGGAGGGCCUGGUUUCGGCGCUUGACGAGACCCGCCACGGCCUCGAGGACGGCGACUAUGUCACCUUUUCAGAAGUCGAGGGCAUGGAGAAGCUCAACGGAGGCGAGCCGCGAAAGAUUACCGUCAAGGGCCCGUAUACCUUUUCCAUCGGCGACGUCUCCGGUCUCGGCCAGUACAUCCGCGGCGGUCUGUACCAGCAGGUCAAGAUGCCCAAGAAGAUCAACUUCAAGAGCUUCUCUGCCGCGCUCAAAGAGCCCGAAUUCAUGAUUUCAGACUUUGCAAAAUUUGACCGCCCUCAGCAGCUUCACCUGGGUUUCCAGGCCCUGCAUGCCUUUGUGGAGAGCCAGGGCCGUUUCCCGAACCCCCUGGACGACGCGGAUGCGACUGUGAUUCUGCGCUCCGCCGAGGCGUUUGCCAAGGCAGAGGGCGUCGAGGUGGAGUUUGACGAGAAGCUCCUCAAGGAGCUGAGUUACCAGUCCCUUGGUGACCUGAACGCCAUGGCUGCCCUGUUUGGUGGAAUCGCGGCGCAGGAAAUCCUCAAGGCCGUCUCGGGCAAGUUCCAGCCCAUCCAGCAGUGGAUGUACUUUGACUCGCUCGAGUCUCUGCCGACCAGCACCGCCCGCACCGCCGAGCUGUGCAAGCCUCUCGGCACCCGCUACGACGGCCAGAUUGUCGUCUUUGGCCGCGAGUACCAGGACAAGAUUGCCAACCUGCGGCAGUUCCUCGUUGGAGCCGGCGCCAUUGGCUGUGAGAUGCUCAAGAACUGGGCCAUGAUCGGUCUCGGAACCGGCCCCAAGGGUCAGAUCACCGUCACCGACAUGGACUCCAUUGAGAAGAGCAACCUGAACCGCCAGUUCCUGUUCCGCCCCAAGGAUGUUGGCAAGAUGAAGAGCGACUGCGCUGCCGAGGCCGUGCAGGCGAUGAACCCCGACCUGAACGGCCAUAUUGUGUGCCUCAAGGAUCGCGUGAGUCCCGAGACGGAGGAGACCUUUAACGAGGAGUUCUGGGGCAAUCUCGACGGCGUUACCAACGCGCUGGACAACGUCGAGGCCAGAACGUACGUCGACCGCCGCUGUGUCUUCUUCCGCAAGCCGCUCCUCGAGAGCGGAACGCUCGGAACCAAGGGCAACACCCAGGUCGUCCUCCCCCAUCUGACCGAGUCGUACUCCUCCUCGCAGGACCCCCCUGAGAAGGAGUUCCCCAUGUGCACCGUCAAGAGUUUCCCCAACAAGAUUGAGCACACGAUUGCGUGGUCCAAGGACCACAUGUUUGAGAACCUCUUUGUCACGUCUCCCUCGACGGUCAACCUGUACUUGACGCAGCCCAACUACAUUGAGGGUACGUUGAAGCAGGGUGGCAGCGCCAAGCUGACGCUCGAGACGCUGCGCGACUACCUCACGACGGACCGCCCGCGAACCUUUGAGGACUGCGUUGCGUGGGCGCGCAUUCUCUUUGAGAAGGAGUUCAACAACAAGAUUCAGCAGCUCCUGCACAAUUUCCCCAAGGACUCGACGACGUCGACCGGCACCCCCUUCUGGUCCGGUCCCAAGCGCGCGCCUGAGCCGCUCAAGUUUGACGCCAACAACCCCACACACUUUGCGUUCGUCGUGGCGGCCGCCAACUUGCACGCUUUCAACUACAACAUCAAGUCGCCCGGCACCUCCAAGGACAUUUACCUGCGCGAGCUCGACAACAUCAUCGUGCCCGAGUUCUCACCCGCCGAGGGUGUCAAGAUCCAGGCCAACGACAGCGAUCCUGACCCCAACGCCGACGCGGGCAGCUCCUUUGACGACAACGACGAGCUGCAGAAGCUCAUCGGCAGCCUCCCUUCGCCUAACGAGCUUGCCGGCUUCCAACUGCAACCUGUGGACUUUGAAAAGGACGACGACUCGAACCACCACAUUGACUUCAUCACGGCGUGCAGUAACCUCCGCGCGGCCAACUACAAGAUUGAGCAGGCCGACCGUCACAAGACCAAGUUCAUUGCCGGCAAGAUCAUCCCGGCGAUUGCGACGACGACGGCGCUCGUCACGGGCCUGGUGAUUCUGGAGUUGUACAAGGUCAUUGAUGGCAAGGACGACAUUGAGCAGUACAAGAACGGUUUCAUCAACCUGGCGCUGCCCUUCUUCGGCUUCAGCGAGCCCAUUGCCAGCCCCAAGGUGGAGUUCAAGGGCCCCAACGGUAUUGUCAAGUUGGACAAGAUUUGGGAUCGUUUCGAGGUCAACGACAUCACACUCAAGGAGCUGUUGGAGCACUUUGAGAAGCAGGGCCUCACCAUCUCGAUGCUCAGCUCCGGCGUCAGCUUGCUGUACGCCAGCUUCUUCCCCCCGGCCAAGCUCAAGGACCGCCAAAACCUCAAGCUGAGCCAGCUUGUCGAGACGGUGUCCAAAAAGCCCGUGCCGGCUCACCAGAAGGAGGUCAUUUUCGAGAUGGUGGCCGAGGACGUGGACGGCGAGGACGUCGAGGUUCCCUACAUCAAGAUGAAGAUGGCACUAUUGGCGUAUAAGAGGCUCAUCCGUCCACCCCGCACCUUCACUCAGCGCACGUCAACGACAAAGUACUUCAUGAACACUGGUACCCCUGCACUCACUCGUCUCACGAGAUCUCUCACGUCGACGACACGGAGAACAUUGUACUUGCAUACACACCAACCCGUCCGCGCAUUCUCAUCCGUCCCGCGUUUCGGUCGAGAUAGGAGCGCAUCUGUACAGUUUCACACGAGUGCUGUACGGAAUCAACCAAGCAAGAUGAAAGAUGCUGACGGUGAGGCAUACAAGGCCGGCAAAGUCACAGACUGGGUGAAGCCCAACGACAAGUCGGGCGAGUUCAAGCGUCAGCAGAGCUCGUUCCGCAACUUCAUCUCCCGCGAGGAGGGCGCCAAGUUUGCGCCUGAGAAGGGGCGGUAUCAUCUCUACGUCAGCUAUGCGUGUCCUUGGGCUUGCCGGACGUUGAUUACGCGCCAGCUUAAAGGUCUCGAGGACUUUAUCAGCUAUUCUGUUGUUCAUUGGCACCUUGGCGAGAAGGGCUGGCGCUUCGUGACAAAGGACGAAAAGGACAUCCCCGGAGCCCACGUCAUCCCGGACCCCGUCCCGGGCCACGAGUCCUACACCCACCUCCGCGACCUCUACUUCGAGUCGGAGCCGGGCUACGAGGGCCGCUUCACCGUGCCCGUCCUCUACGACACCAAGCUCAAGACGAUUGUCAGCAACGAGAGCAGCGAGAUCAUCCGCAUGCUGUACACGGAGUUCGACGACCUCAUUGACGAAAAAUACCGCAACGUCAACCUCUACCCGGAAUCCCUCCGCGCACAAAUCGACGAGGCGAACGAGUGGACGUACGACAAGAUCAACAACGGCGUCUACAAGUCCGGCUUCGCCACCACGCAGGAGGCCUACGAGCGCAACGUCGUCGCCCUGUUCGAGGCGCUCGACAAGGCGGAGGCGCACCUGAAAAGCACGGCGGCCGAGGGGCCGUAUUACUUUGGCAAGGAGAUUACCGAGGCCGAUAUCAGGCUAUACGUGACCAUCAUCCGAUUUGAUGUAAGCCUCACCUCCUCACGCAAUUAUGAUCUGGUGCUAACAAAACAGCCCGUCUACGUGCAGCACUUCAAGUGCAACAUCCGCGACAUCCGCUCCGGGUAUCCCCUCAUCCACAAGUGGAUGCGCAACCUGUACUGGAACGUGCCGGCCUUCAAGGACACAACCCAAUUCGAGCACAUCAAGUGGCACUACACAAAGAGCCACACCCAGAUCAACCCCUUCUCCAUCAGCCCCGUCGGUCCUCUGCCGCACAUUCUGCCCCUGGACGAGGAGGUGCCGGCCGCUAGCAAGUAG